CAGACCAGACCAGGCUCAAUUCCCUGUCGUCCACUUUCACAAUCAUAUUCGUUUUGUCAUUACAUCUUGUUCCUUUUGAUCCUUCUUUCAUUCCUAUUUUCUUAAUAAUUCCGUCUUAAUUAUUACUCAAUUAUAUCCAUCUUCUCUUACGUCACGGCACAACUCAACACGAAAGUCUGCGUCAACUCCUCUCUCAUCGCCUAAUCUCAUAACCCCUGGCCUACCUCACGAGCUUCAUUCUGUGCCGUCGCUUAUUAGUUUCAUGUUCCUGAUUGAUUACCCAAACCCAAUCCAGAACAUGCUCCUCAGCCAUUGAUGCACCCUUGCCCAGCUUUAAGGCUUUUGUCUCAUAUACGGGAAUACCACCAGUUUAACUCCUUCUCCUAGAACUUACGAAACAUUGCAACAAUCUCCUGUCGCAUUCGCAUCCCUUGCGUCCUCCUUCUCCGAGGUUGCAUUGCCUCGCCACCUGCUGCAUUGCAUAUUCGCCCAACAUCAACAGCCACAGUUUUCUGCAACACGCCCGGAAAGACGUCGAACCCCGCCGGUCAGCUUGUCACUCGUCAUCAUAACUCGGAUCGCUUAAACUCGCCUGGCUCCAUAUUGCGCCGGGCUUCUUCAACUCCCAACGACCCGUCCGCUUUUGCGCCCAACUACACGACCCCCCAGGAGAAGCAUCACCAUGUUCUAAGUCAUGAGCACCCAGACAAAUACGUCGGAUUCGGUUCCGCCGCCGCCGCGUCCCAUUCGUUUUGUACAUAAUCAAGGACAACCGCCUUCUAAGCGGCGCAGAAUCAACGCUGCGUGUUUGACCUGUCGGAAACGAAAGACGAGAUGCGCUGGCGAACGGCCUGUUUGCUCUACCUGCACCAAGAACGGCCACCAAUGUCUAGGAUACCCCGAGGAAAUCAAGAGGGAGGAUUGUGAGAAACCGUCGCUGUUGGAUAAGCAGGCCCACGAACGAGACGAGCACGAACCCCGCCACUACCAUGAUGAGAAUAUCAAGAUCGAGAAGGCGUCUAUGCCAGCGCAGCACGUGCCCGAAACUCCAAAUUCACAUGCCACUUCAGGGACGACAAUGUCGCUCGCAAACAUGAUCGAUCCAAAGGUUGAGGACCGCGAAACCCCGAAUGCGAUGGCGCAGAAUGAGCACCACCCUUCCGCUUUACCAACUUCUCCUACUGCUGGGCGACGCUCCGAAAGUCACCGCGUCCCCUAUUUCCGAUACUUUGGUCCAACUGCUAUUGUACCUGGCUUUAAACAAAUGGUUGUUUCUGUGCGCGAUCGCCGGCGCUCGACUGCUGGUUCACUGGCUGGGACAUCGCCGAUAUCAAUACAUAGCGGACCGCAAGGAAGCAGCUCGGCUGUUGGGAGCGAUGUGGUCAGCGAGGAGCUACCUACCUACGACCCAAACGAUUCAGCUCCAGUUCACCCACUAAUAAUCAGUCUCAUCAACACCUUCUUCGUGCAAAUGGGCUCCAGUUACCCAUUCCUUCGACAGUCAAAAUUCUUACGGAUGGUGAAAGAAAAGAGAGUUGAGCCAAUUCUGGUUGACUCAAUAUGCGCUUUGGCCGCCAGGUUCUCCGACUCACCAAUCCUUACAAACGGAAACGACAAAAUGCCAAGGAUGGAAAGGGGCGCAGUGUUUGCGCAAAGAGCCAGACAGGCCACUGUUGAUACGUUCCCAUGUCCGACUGUUGGCGCUGUGCAAGCUUGUCUCCUCAUGGCUUAUGAGGGCUUUGGAGCAGCCCAGGACAGCGCUCUGUGGAUGUAUCUCGGGCUUGCUAUUCGUAUGGCUGUCGACCUGGGGCUGCAAAAAGAGGUGGGAGUUCAGUAUCAUGGUGAGAAGGAUGCUUUGUAUUCUCAGAAUUGGGGCCGCCAUCCGGUUGACGAAGGAAGCUCCGAGGCGAAAGGAGGUGAAUCAAGUCAGCUGAGUGCUCAAGAGCAAAAAGAGCUCGUACAAGAAAGGAUGGAUACGUUUUGGGCGGUCUUUAUUCUUGACCGUGUCAUCUCAUCAGGGACGGGACGACCUGUCACAUUUCGAGAUGACGACUUGGAACUCUCAUUCCCGGAGCCUUUCAUCGAUCCAGCGACUGGUUGGCCAGCUCCCUACCCGAUCUUCCUACAAAUAAUCCACCUCUACGGCCGUGUAUGCGACAUUCUCAACAAAAUUCGCAAUGCGCAGGAUCUCACCAAGGAAACAUGGGACAAGCUUGGUGAGAUGGAGCAUGAGCUGACCAGGCUCUACAAGAGUUGGGACUGGCGGCUACAGUUUAAUGUCAACAACUUCAAAGCGUAUUUGGGAGCAGGUCAGGGCACCACGUUCAUCCUGCUUCAUUUCUGGUUCCAUGCUCUCUUCAUCAUCCUUCACCAGCCGACUCUCCUUACACCCUUUGCUGAACUCCGCAGUGAGUUACAGCUCUUACCAGACAGUCGCGAGCUUAGUAUGAGCAGCGCCAAAACGAUUUGCGACAUCUUGUCUUUUGCAGACUUGAUAGACUCCAAGAGUUUCAUUGGAAAUCCUUUUGUUAGUCAGCCAAUUUACAUUGCAGCUUGCGCCUUCGUGAUGGAGUCGAGCGCAAACGCAUCAGGCUCACCCUCACGGGCCAACUCGCCCCCAGGCGGGCAUCAUCCGGAUGCUCCAGGAGGCAAUAAACCUCGAGAGGCCAAAACCUCACGACACUCUUUGUUGGCUUCGGCAGCAAAUCAGAACUACCAAAAGUGCUUUAAUUCUCUGCAACAGGUGCAAAUGUACUGGGGUGGAGCUACCUAUAUCAUCACUGCAUUGGACCAGAGGGCCAAAGGAAUAUGGGAUUGCGAAACAUAUACAGCGGAAGAGUAUGAGAGCACUAAAGCUGGACGCAAGAGCAGCAGUGGCGCAUUGAACAACCCGUUCCCCAAAUUUGAGAAUAAGGCAUCACCAAGGAUGUCAGGACCGCCUAUAGCAUGGACUCUGGCAGGAACUGCUAAUUCUCCAAACUCGAGCCUGACGCUCAUGUAUCAGAAUCGAGACUCCACGCCGGGAACUGGAGCUCAAACUUCACAGCCGGCACGAGCUCCCAGCACACCACCUGGCAAUAUGAUAUUUGACCCUAUUCGACAGAGUUUACCAGACUCAUCGGGCAUGCUUGCGCCAGCUUAUCCCCAGCCCAACGUCUCAGCUGUGCGGCAAUCGUCCCGACCGGUUGGGCCCCGUCGAACUUCGAACCUUUCAGCGACGAGUACGCAAACUCGUCCUACUGUUCAAUUUGAUGGAUUGCCCGAGGACUGUGAGGCCAAUGACAUUUACACCACUGGGUCGAGGUUUACGCCGACAAAUCCACCUUCUACUGCUUUUGAUACAUACAGUGUCUCGCCACCAACUGCGAUGGCUGAAAAUGGCGUGAACCCAGCCACGACUCUUUCAGGGGCAAACGCCAUGUAUUUUGGCCAAACAAGUUUCCCAUAUGCGAUGCCCUGGGGAAAUAUGGGGAGCAUGGAUGGCAUCACUUUUGACAGCCAGGAUAUAGACAUUGCUGCUUUGGGGCUGCAGCAAUCAGACAUGAUGGGGCCUUGGUUAGACUACAUACCUUCAGAUGUGUUGAGUCUUUUUGAGCACCAGCAUCCGCACAUGGGUCAGGGCGGUCAGUGAUUCGGCGGACUUAUUUAAUAGAUCUGAGCAUGUCAAAUCGCAUAUACCCACGACGGAUGGCCCGGUAUAUUUAUGAGGCGUAUUUGGUACACAUGUAUGGCGUUUGGUGGGAGCAAUAAAAGAGGGCUAAUACGUUAUACCAAGUUUACUAAGAUCGAGCUUGGCGCAGUAGGUGUAUGGAAAUAGGAUUGCCUUUUAAUGAUAUGUUGCUUGGUACCUAUACUUUUGAUAGCAUUCGCCUGUACCUCUUGGGGUAAUGCAGCGGUAGACUACACUGAACAGACGUGACUCGUGAGGAUAUGAAUCCAGAGUGAGUAUAGACGUGAAGUCUGUAAGCUGUGGCCGUUGGCGCUUCGAC